AAUAUAAACAUUUAACGCGGCGGCGGAGCUCACAUACGCUGUACCCUAAUUUUAGCCGGAGAAGGAACAAAAAAAAAGGUUUUUUCCAAACUUCCGGCGAUGUCGUACGACGAUGUGGAGAUAGAGGAUAUGGAGUGGAACGAAGAGAUCCAGGCGUACACGUACCCUUGCCCCUGUGGCGAUCUGUUCCAGAUCACCAAGGAGGAUCUGCGUCUCGGCGAAGAGAUCGCGAAUUGCCCGAGCUGCUCGCUCUACAUCACCGUCAUCUACAACAUGGAGGAUUUUCAGAACGAUACGAAGAAGAAGAACAACCAACCUAAAAGCAGCCAAGCCAUCGCCGUCGCUUGAGUUUUGUUUGCGAGAAGUAGAGAGAUUGUCGUUAAUUACAACCAACGAAGAAAACAUCUUAACCUUGCAGGCUUGUUUACUUCUGUUGCAGAUUUUGAUGGAAGUGUUCAAGAGCAGUAGAUGUGUCAUUCUUAGAUUAGGGGUUUUGAUACUAAACCAUUUGUAAAAGUUACCAGACAAACAGAGGUCUUGUGUUGUUACUACUGGUUAUGCAUUGAUUAUUGAACCCAAUUCUUGGUGUUUUCUUACACAUUUUGAUCCGAUAUUAUUUACAAAACUGGUUGGUUUGAGAAAGGAUUGUACCGCUA